AUGGAUCCCAAUAAUCAUUUUAACACUCAAAAUUCUGCUAAUUUUUCAUUUAACCAAAAUCCCAACAAUUUUCAAAAUCCCAACAAUUAUCAAAAUCCCAACUAUUAUCAAAAUCCAAAUCGAUUUUCCAACCAACAUCCUCAAAACAUACCUAAUUUUGGUUUUCCACCAAAUUUCAACCAGUCAUCCUCUGUUCCAAACUUUCAUCCAUAUUAUGGAUCUAUGCCGAGAAAUCCAUCUCAAACACCCCCGUUUAAUGGUUAUGUGACAAUGGCAAAUGAAAAUUUUCCAAGUGGUGGUGCACCUGAAUUUCCCGGAUUUUCAACACAACUAACUAUUGGUGGCAUGACAGUUUCUAAUGAAGUCACUCCAAAUGCAGAGGAUUCAACUCCUAAGAGCAGGAAAACUCAGCAACCAGCAUGGAACACUGAACAAAAUUUGGUGCUAAUUAGUGGGUGUAUUAAAUUUGGAACAAGCAGUGUUGUCGGGAGAAACCAGAAAGGUGAAACAUAUUGGGGUAAAAUUGCUGAGUAUUGUAAUGAGCAUUGCUCAUUCGAUCCUUCGCGUGAUGGACCUGCAUGCCAAAACCGUUUUAAUUAUAUGAGCAUUUGCAAAACUUCAGGAGGGAUGUCGGAAGGACAUCGAACGUGCAUUUGGAGUGCUCCAAGCUCGAUUUAA